CGAAGGUAAACCGGAUGGCCGUUGCGCAGAGGUACCUCGUCAGUAUGUCCUGUGAGGCCGGCACGACGCACUGGACGCUGACCGCGGUGCUCCUCCUGGGCUUCGUGCUGGGACUCGUGUCAGCGUAUCCGCUACCGGGCGGCGUCAGGACGAAUGCAACUUCUCUGGAGAGAAGCUGGGAGACCCUCUUCUCCCGUUCCGUGCUGGGGAUCUCCGGGGAGAGAGCGGAGCUGAACUGGGAGAGUGACUAUCUGCUGGGCAUCAAGAGAGUGCGGAGGCUCUACUGCAACGUGGGCAUCGGGUUUCACCUUCAGAUCCUCCCCGACGGCAGGAUAAACGGUGUACAUAAUGAAAACCAGUACAGUCUGAUAGAGAUCUCCACGGUGGAGAGAGGAGUCGUGAGUCUCUAUGGUGUCAGGAGUGAGUUGUUUGUCGCAAUGAACAGCCGGGGAAGGUUAUACGGAACGACAGUCUUCCAUGACGAGUGCAAGUUCAAGGAGAACUUGCUCGCAAACAACUACAACGCCUACGAGUCUCUGGUGCACAGAAGCUUCUACAUAGCACUCAGCAAACAUGGCCGCGUAAAGAGGGGCAACAGGGCCACCACUGCCAUGACUGUAACGCACUUCCUGCCCCGAAUAUGACGAGCGGAAACUGGCAAUAACUCACUUAUUUGCACAUGAGGAUUAUUUCCCAGGUAACACUGAUACUGUAUGUGUACAAACACCGUGAAAAAUGAAAACUGGACUUUUAAGAGACAGAAACACAGUUUUAUCUGAAAAUAUUUAUUCUUUAUCUUUAUAUGUAUAUUUGGGUAGCGUAUGUUGCGUUAGGACGCGAUGGAAAUGCCAUACUUUGCUGCUGUUAUGAUUUUAAAUUAAUUUGUGGUCUGAGGAGAGGCGUUGUCGCCCCCUGUCUGUUCUAAUGGGUGCUUGCUGGAAUUAUUUAUGCCCUGUCGGAGGAUAAUGUUACUUUUGGAACUUUUAUGGACACUUUUUCCCCCUUUUUACCUCAAUGCCCCAAAUCCCUGAAAUGAAGAAGGAAAGGAAGAAGAGUGCAUGUGUGCAUGAAUCUUUAUUUUCAUUUCUCGGACGUUUUCCUCGUCGUUUUGUGCGACGGCGUCCGUCUCUGUCAGGGCAACUAGAGCACUUGCAAAUAUGGUGGUGGUUUUUUUUCUUGCUUUGUCAUGAGGUGGCGGUGCCUUGAAUUCCUUUCUAGCGCCCGCACUCUUCACCCCUGCAUGUUAGAAACAUGGUGCUGGAGUCAGAAAUAGGAAUGAAACGCAAGUCAUCGCUCCCUCAGACACCGCCGGCCUAAUUCCUCGAGGGCCAGAGAUGUCUCCACUUUAUUUUCCUUCCAUAAUUAGAUCAAUUAAGUCAGUCAGUCUGUCAGUUAUUCGGAGCGUGUGGAGGAGCUUUUUGUUCCUGUUGACGGCUAUAACGUAACGUCCUCUCCUAAGGGAGCGUUGACAAUCCCAGGUUUUGUUCGGCAGAUUUUGUAGCUGUGUGCACACGUACUGUAUGUGUGAAUAUGCAAAGGUUUUAACAUGAUAUACUGCGAGUUUAUUUACUUAGUUUGAGGGCUGCUGGAUUUUUUAUUGUUUGGUCUUUGAGUCUUUGAUUAGAGGCAGCG